AUGGAGGAAGAAGACUAUGACGACUUUCUCGACAAAAUGGAAGAGGAGAGUGCAAAGCAAGUUAUGGAAGCGACGAAUAAACUUCAAGAACUGAAACAGAAAGAGAAGACUGAUCCUGUUCCAUUGGAGUUUGUUGACAAGUUACCACCACAAAAAGAGGAGAGUUCCGACUCAGAAGAUUUGACUCAAUAUAAAGAUGAACUAACACAGAUCAAGAAGAAGCGCUUGGAGUUGCUGGAAGUCGACCAUAAAACAAUCAAUUACUUGCCACUUGUCAAAGGAUUAUACGUCGAGGUCCCCGACGUCACUCGUCUGACUGACAAUGAAGUGAAAGAGAUAAGAAGAGUCGAAUUGGAGGGGUGUAUAGUCAGAGGAAAGAGAUGUCCAAAACCAAUUCAAAGUUGGUCCCAAUGUGGAUUAAACCCCGUGAUGCUCGAGAUCAUCCGAAUUUUAAAUUAUGACAAACCAACACCAGUACAACGUCAAGCAAUACCAGCUGUAAUGUCUGGUCUUGAUGCAAUCGUAUGUGCCAAGACGGGGUCUGGGAAGACUCUUGCUUAUGUCUUGCCUUUACUUAAACAUGUCUUGUCACAGCCAGCACUAUUGCCGGGCGAUGGUCCGAUUGCUAUUGUGUUUGUCCCUAUUCGCGAGUUAGCUGAACAAAUUAACACAGAGAUAGCCAAGUUUGCGAAGUUUCUGAAACUACGGACGACUGCAGUGUUUGGGGGGAUGGGUAUUUCAAGUCAAAUAGGUGCGUUAAAGCGUGGGAGUGAAAUCGUCGUGUGCACUCCGGGGAGGAUGAUAGAUAUCUUAGUCACCAACAGUGGGCGCAUCACAAACUUGCGACGCGUCUCUUUUGUUGUUUUAGACGAGGCGGACCGAAUGUUUGAUUUAGGGUUUGGGCCACAAAUUAAACACAUCAUCGAUGGGAUUCGCCCCGACAAACAAAUAGUGAUGUUUUCAGCGACGUUCCCGCAAAGUGUCGAACAAAGUGCGCGCGAAUUUUUAAAGAAGCCGAUAGAAAUUAUAUGUGGGGGGAGGAGUCAUGUAUCUGAUACGAUAGACCAAGACGUUGUGGUGUUACCAAAAGAGGACAAGCUGCAGACCGUUGUAGCGAUAGUGAAGACUCAAAAAGCGCAAGGCGGGCGAAUUCUGAUAUUCACGGAGACUCAGAAAAAUUGCGAUGAACUGUAUCAAUGCCUCAUGAACGAAGAUAUUGGGUGUUUAUUGCUACACGGAGGAAUCGACCAAGUAGAUCGGCAGAACACCAUCAAUGAAUUCAAAUCUGGAGUUGGGAAGACAGUAAUGGUAGCGACUUCUGUGUGUGCGCGUGGUAUUGAUGUGAAAGGACUUGAAUUAGUCAUCAACUAUGACUGUCCCAAUCAUAUGGAAGACUAUGUACAUCGUGUUGGGAGGACUGGGAGAGCUGGACAGAGAGGAAAGGCGAUCACCUUUAUAACGAAAGAAGAGGACAUGUAUAGUGAUGAUAUAGUUAAAGCAUUAACCCUGAGUGGAGGACGAAUAAGUAAAGAGUUGAGUGAACUGAAUGAGGGGUGGAAGACUAAGAAAUUGUUUUUAGAGACGAAGAAGAGGAAGAUGGGGUAUGGGGGGUCGGGCUUUAAAUUUGAUAAAAAAGAGGAGAUCAAAAAUUUGGAGACCAAAGUUGGUGCAUAUCUUGAAGAAGAGGCGGGCGGAGAGACUUUAAAGGAACGAGUUGAAAAUAAGAAGAUGGAAGAGGAGAUGGAAGAAAACAAAAUACCAGUUGAGAAGCGGGAGGCCGUUCGAAAAGCACUUGAAGCGAUCGACCGAUUGAAUAAGAAAAUAGCCAAAGCGACAUCCGAUGGAUAUCAAACCGAAGUUGUGAUUAACGACUUCUCUCUCCAGUCGCGUUUUGUCUUGACAAACAAAGAGAAGUUGUUACCCGUCAUGCAGAGUUGCAACGUGAAAAUCACAACAAAGGGGACAUACGUUCCGGAGGGUAAACCUGUUCCUGCGGGGACACAGAAGUUAUAUCUUCUGAUCGAAGGAAAAACAGAAGAAGACCUGUCGAGGGCAAAACGGGAGAUCAAAGUUCUACUGAAGGAAAUAGCAGAUAAAUACAGAGACAAAGUGAUUCACGAAAAGACCUUUUCUAACAUCAUUUAG